AAUAUUACCCACUAGAGUGUGCGCGGACCCAUACCUCAAUAUCUCCAUGAAAUAACGGACCAUCCGGGGUCUUUUGGCAUAGUCUUUUCAACAUACACACAAUACGUUUGGGACACAAUGUUUAGGAUAAAUUCAACAUACCAUUUAGGACGGACAGUGUGAACACUGGGACGCAGGGGAAGUUCUUGAGUGGUCGUGGAACUCCAGUAAGUACUCACGGAAGCCACUAGUCUUCAUUGUGCAUAUUAGUGUCUGCUGGGUCAAGCUGUGCUUCUCCAACAGAACAAUGUUAAGUCAAAAUAAAACAAUACUUCAUCCGAGAUAUCUUCUUCUUGUAUUCUCUGUUGGACUGAACAUAUUUUUAAUAUAUGAAUUCUUAAACCUCCAGUGUAACCAAUCACCAAUAGUCAGAAUUUUUACACCAUCCGAAAACAAGCCUCCGGAAAACAGCACUAUCCUGCUUAUAUGGAUUUGGCCAUUUGGAAGAAAAUUCGACCUAAAUUCUUGCAGUUCCAAAUUUAAUAUAGACGGUUGUCACUUAACUGUAGAUAGAGAGCUCUACAGCAAAGCUCACGGAGUGCUGAUAAAUCACAGAGAUAUUAAAAGCGACCUGUCAAAUUUACCCACAAAACCACGGCCUUUCUUCCAGAAAUGGAUAUGGAUGCACUUUGAGUCUCCACAAAACACAAGACGAUUCGACGGUCUGGAGAACCUAUUCAAUGUGACAUUGAAUUACAGACGGGAUGCUGAUGUUGUCCUUCGUGAACAAAUUAUGAUUAAAACUGAAGAUGUCGAGGAUAAGAUAUUUCCACAAGUUCUGGACAAAAAGGAUAAGUUAGUUUGCUGGGUUGUGAGCAACUGGAAUGAGCAGUUUGAAAGGGUAAAAUACUAUAAUGAGCUUAAAAAACACAUCAACAUUUAUACCUUUGGACGUCAUUUUGGAAAAGCAGUAAAUGACGCAGAAUACAAGGAAAUAUUAACUACAUGUAAGUUCUAUCUGUCAUUUGAGAACACAGCUGCUCACUAUGACUACAUGACAGAAAAGCUGUUCAAUCCCCUCACUUUCGGAUCAGUGCCAGUGACUCUUGGUGCUCCACGAUACAUAUACGAAAGGUUUGUGCCCAAGGAUGCUUUCAUCCACGUGAAGGAUUUCUCCAGCCCUCAGAAACUUGCUGAACACCUGCUGUCACUGGAUAGGAAUGUUGAAGAAUACAAAAAGUAUUUUCAAUGGCGAAAACACUUUGUAGUCAAACUUGUUGACUAUCCCGAAGAGCAUGCAUGUCGUGCCUGUCAAUAUAUACGGACAAAAAAAGACUACCAGGUCUUUAGAAACCUUAACAAAUGGUACUGGGAUGCCAUCAAAGAUGAGACCUAAAGGUCAAGGGUGUCUUUUUAUGACUGUAUUGCUUUGCUAUUGCUAAACACUGAAUGACACAGCUACUGUAAAUGUGCAGCACCUUUAAUUUUGUACAAAUUAAAGACUUAAAUGCACUACAUGACUUCUAAAAUUUGAACAGAUUUUACCAGUGGGAAAGGUUAUGUAUAGAAUAAUUGAUGACAAGUUGUUCAACUCCAGCUGCCCAGAAUUUCCAGACUCAAAAUUGGUUCUGACUUUCAGCAACUAGCAUCUACUUAUCCAGACUGCAAACCGUGGCAAAAUCUGUGCAGAAGUUGUGUAGUGUAUUCAAGCCUAUAUAUAUUAUGUAUGUAUGUUAUAAUUAAUCACAGUGCUUUUAAAUUUAUUGUUGUAAAUUACAACUUUAAAUUGCUUUUGCUAUUGACAAAGAAUAGUUAUGAUCGGUCUGAGCAAAAUGCUGAGGGUAUCUGGCGUUGUCGUUAGUUUUUUUACAAAAAGCUUUUUAUAUGCUUUAUUAUGCAACUUUAUUUGUAAUGUUUCAGUUGUGAUAAAUGAUUGACUCUUUUUUUACACUUAAAACAUUCAUCAAUGAAUCAUAUCUCACUGAAUUUGUUACUGCACAAACUCUUUAAAAAGUUAUUCCAUUGUCUAUUGUAACAGUAUAGUAUUUCCAUUUUCUCUAGAGAUCGACUGACUGCAUUUUUCAAUGUUAACCAUUCAAGUCUGUUUCUCAAGUUAUUGUAAGAAAAUUUUAUAUCCACCUUAUUCUUCAACACAGAAGUAAGCCUAUGGGUGAGACAUCUGGUUCAUUAGCCGCUAUAGGGAAAUAACAAGAAUAACAAUGUGCAGUAAACGGUAAAACUGUUUAUUUUAUUUGUGUAUAUUGACAAGGGGCCAAUAUUUAUUAAAACAAAUUCACAAAGAA